AUGUCGAUUGCAUGGCUUUCAGUCCAAACUCGAAUCCAACAAUUUUCACUUUUUAUAUCUGUGAUCUUAAAUUCAAUUUUGGUAUAUUUAAUCCUAAAAUUCUCUCCAAAAAAAAUUGGAUCUUACAAAUAUCUGAUGAUUUAUAUUUCCUUAUUUCAAAUUUUUUACUCAAUUAUGGAUAGUAUAUCCUUACCGACCUAUCACGCUUAUUCGUCAGUUUUACUAGUUUUUAAAAACAUUCGGGACCAACCCUACAUUCCCAUUUCCGUUCACUAUUGGCUUUUGGUAGUGUAUUCAGGAUGCUAUGGAUUUUGUAUGGGAAUAUUUGGAAUUCACUUCUUCUAUAGGUAUUUGGCGAUUUAUGGACAUACUGAAAUGAUUAGAAACAAUAUGUUUUGGGCCCACUUCAGAAGUUAGUGCAGAAGUUGAGAAUAGUAUUCUGGAAUCUUAUGACUUGAAAAUUGACGAUAUAGUUUAUAUCGCUGCAUUUGUUUGGCCGAGAAAUGAGACUACUGGAGUGAAAUAUCUCAAUAAAAGAUCCGCAAUUGGAAUUGGUUUUGAUCAGUUAGUUGUGAUUAUCUCACUUACUGUUAUUGCAUAUUGUGGGACAUGUUGCUACUAUAAAAUACAACAGCAAAUGAGGGUUGCAAUUUCUUUGAGCAAAAUUACGAAAAACCUACAUCGUCAACUGUUCUACGCUUUGGCAAUCCAGACCGCAAUACCAAUGCUUCUCCUCCAUCUUCCCGUUUCUAUACUCUUCAUGUUUCCAAUUAUGGAUUCAAACUUGGGGAUUUUUACCGGCUUCGUCACAAUCACGAUUGCCGCCUACCCGGCAAUUGACCCUCUACCAACUAUGCUUGUCAUUGAGAGCUAUCGAAGUGCAGUUUACAAUUUCAUUAACAAAAUAUUCUGCAGAAAGAAGAACGAUGUGAGAUCAGAGAAUGAAAUAUCCAUGACAACUAUUCACGUGACAGUAUAA